AUGAAAAAAACACGAGUGUCGAAGAAAAUCGACGAGCACGAGAGGAACGUGAACCUGAGCAUUAAAUGGUGCCGUCGUAUCUUAACGAUCAUAGCCGUCUGGCCGCAAUCCCCCGACUUCACCCUAUUGCAGAAAUGCUUUUACCGGUUUAGAAACGUCAUGAUUUUUUCGUUCCUCAGUUUCCUCUGUGUACCGUGCACCAUAUACAUGAUCGUGGAAGUCGAGGACGUUUACAACAAGAUCAAAGUGUUCGGACCGACGAGUUUCUGCGUGAUGGCGGUCAUAAAGUACUAUUUGCUGAUCCUCCACGAAAGCGACAUACGCAGAUGUAUCAGACUCAUCGAAUUAAGCUGGAAGGAGAUAACUCACCCGGAUGACAGGGAAAUUAUGAUCAAGAACGCGAGAUAUGGGAGGCAACUGAUAGCUCUUUGCACGUUGAUCAUGUACAGCGGCCUGACGUUCUAUUACGUCUCCAUACCGAUCGGGUCUGGAAGAAUAGAAGACCCGGAGGAAAACGUGACAUUCAUACCGCUGAUGUUCCCAUUUCCGAAACUGAUAGUCGAUACGAGAUUCAGCCCAACGAACGAGAUCAUCUUCUCCUUUCAGAUGAUGUCCGAUGCAACGUUACACGGUGUUUCGUCGGCUUCUUGCAGUUUGGCCGCCAUGCUGGCCGUUCAUAUUUGUGGACAAAUGGAGGUUAUGGUUAACUGGCUGAAACAUUUGGUCGAUGGGAGGUUCUUAGAGCUUACAGAGAAAACACUUCGAUACAUAUCCCUGGUGGAGUUCCUGGGUUGUACAUUGAAUUUGUGUUUGCUUAGUUAUUACGUUCUCAUGGUACGCACAAACGAGGCAGUCAAUCGGUUUUCAAUAGAUCUGAAAAUGGAUUUUGUACAAAUUUUUAGGAAUGGAGUACGAACGAUAGGAUAA